AUGGACGCCGACGUCGCGGCGGACGACGACAGCGAAGAGGAGGAAGGCGAGGUCCCCGCCCUCGACGCGCGUCGCGCUCGAGGAGCGGAAGACGGCGCGCGCGCCGUCGGCGACGACGGAUCGAAGAAACGCGGCCGCGACGACGCCCCCGCCGACGCCGAUGCCGCCCCCGCCCCCGCGCCCGCCGCCGACGACGGCGGGUUCGGGUUCGGGAUCGACAUGAGCGACCUCCUGAAGACGUUCCCCGGGCACGCGUUCGUCCCGCUGGACGAGCGAGAGCUGGUGUGCGCGGAGAAGAUCGCGAAGUGCGUCGACGAGAAGAAGAAGCACCUCAUCCGCCUCCUCGUGAAGCGCUUCGGCGUGCCGCUCGCGGAGGACGCGCUCCGAGAGACGAUGAAGGUGGAGCGCGCCGGCGGGUCGUGGCUGGAGGAGCGGGGGAGGCCGCCGCGGCGACGGAGCGCGGGGGGAGUGUUCAUAUCGCUCGUUCGGAAGCGCGCGGAGGCGCGCGACGGGGGGGGGCGCGCGUUCAAGGCGGUCAUGAAGCAGAGCGCGGGGAUCGAUAAGCUGCUGCGCGAGCAGAAAGAACGCGACGAGCGCGCGGGGGGGGAGAAGCGGGCGAGGACGAGCGGCGGCGGCGCGGGGGUGGGGGCGGGGGUCGCGUAG